CCCGUGUAUACGUAAUCCGCAAGGAUCCAACUCAUGCCCAAGAACGAUAAAAUCUGUUACCUAAAAAUUAACGGACGAAACUUGUUAAGACAGUGCGUGUGUGACCAAGAUAAAUUCCCUGUGGUAAGGUGCUGUCUGCUAGCAACGAAUCGAGGGACAUAUACCAUUGAAAAUAGCCCGAUAACAUCGCUAUUCGAAACUAUUGAACAGUUAUAUCGCUCAAGAUCAAGGACCAACCCUUCGCUCUUCGUUUUUGCUGAUCACCUGUAAGUUUUUCAUUUGAAAACAACGAGUAUUUCGAUAUUCGCAAAGUCAGCGUGGUCACCGCAGUAAACGUGAGUUCAGCCAGCCACGCGCUCGCCUUCCAACUCCAACAUGGACUGUGCUCGCUAGUUUAUUAAUUAAGGAAUUCUAUCGAAAAGCCGAGGGCUUUCAAGUUCUUAAAUAUAAAAUCUACGUUAAUCGGCCGACGUUUUAUCUAUGCGGAAUUAACAAGACGUUGUUCAGUAUUUAACGGGGGACUGAAUGUUCGAGGCGAAAAUCUUCUCCGCCUCGUGUUUUUCUCUUGCCGAGUAAAUCCAAUAUGGCGGCCAAGGUGGCUCCGAGCACACAGGGCGGCAGCGGUACUACCGAGGCUAACAACGAGGGCCCCGGUAUAUCUUACGCGAGUGUCUUGAACCCGAAAAAUAGUGACAACAAUAAGGAGAACAUCAGUGAUAUUCCACACGCAACAACCAAAGAGCGUAUAGCCACAGAGUCUUCCGGAGUUCAAAAGGGUAAAUCUUAUCAAAAAUCAUCAAGAAAAUACACAUCCUCGCACUACGGGAGAUCAGAGAGACACUUUCAUAACUCUCCUUCAAAAUCUGCCCAGAACGCUGAGCCGGCAGUCAAGAGAUCCGAUGAGACGGUAAAGCCUACACCAACCCUCAACAAUGGCGAAGCCGAAAGUGACAGCGAGUUUCAAACAGUUGCUCCCAAAAGUGCUCGGCGGAAAGAAAAACACAGAGAACAUCGCGAGCACUAUGAUCACAGAGAUCGCUAUCAUUACAGAGAAAGGUAUCAUCCCAGAAAUCAACACGGAGAUGGUGGUGAUGAGAGACCGCACAAGGAAAGAGGUGAGCGUAAUGCUGAAAAGAACACCGUUCCUGAGCAUUCCAUCGUCAAAGAUCCACCCAAGGACAAAGAUGAGCAAGGUGCAGAUCCUGAUUCAGAAUCCGAGCCGGUCAAGUAUGUCGAAGCACCUAUACCAGUCGUCAACCCAUGGAUGAAAAGCAAGAGUGGAGGAGCUUCUAGAGCUCAACCUCUUCCUCCUCUUCCCGCACCAGCCGCUGCACCAGUUCCUGUUCAACAGCUGGUAGAAAAAUCAGUGGAAAAGACAGCAGUUACGGAAAAAGAAAAGAGAGUACUGCAGCCACAACAGCAGAAAGGAAAAGUCGAGAAUGCUCCUUCGACCGGCGUCCAACCAACAAUAGUUAAAGCGCCAAAAGACAGGAGAAAAAUUAAUCAAAAGGCUAGUAAUUUCACUGACAUUGGUGAUUGGCCAUCCUUAGGAGCUCAAGGAGAGAAGAAGCCUGCAGUAGCAACGCAGAAACAAAACGGAAUCAUUGAACAAAGUCAUUCGAAAGAUAACAGUGCUGGGUCUGCAACUGAAAGUAAAGGAAAAGAAAACAAAGAACUAAACAAUCAUUGUCAAGAUGAUAGUGACGAACACACCGAUGGUAGUGACAAAAAGAAGAAAGUCACCAAACAAAAAUGGGUUCCACUGGAAAUCGAUCUGGCCAAAAACAGAGGGAAACGAGAAAGAUCUCCCAAAUAUCAUGCUCAUCGUGAAAGAAAUGGAGAUGAGGAGGAAAAUUGGAGAGACAGGGACUCUGACAGAUCAGGGCCCAGCUAUAGAGGGGGUCGAGGUGGAUCCAGAUAUAGAGGCAGGGGUGGAAGAGGUGCUCGUGGUUCUGCCCGAGGUGGUUUUAGGCCUAGGCAUGACCCCGAGUAUCCUGAUUAUCCAACAGAUUAUACCCAGGUAAAUAAGUUCGGUGGAUCAGAUGCAUCAUUCAUGAUGCCUUACAUGGGAACUUUCUAUUUCAACAAUACGAGUUACGUCAACUUAGAUACUUUGACGCUCAAGGAAUAUAUCAAGAAACAAAUUGAAUACUACUUUAGUGAAGAAAAUUUGAUGAAAGAUUUCUUUCUACGCCGCAAAAUGGAUGCUGAAGGCUUUCUACCCAUAACUCUGAUAGCCUCCUUCCACAGAGUGCAGGCUCUGACUACAGACGUGGCUCUAGUUGUCGAGGCAAUCAAAGAAUCUGACAAACUUGAACUUGUCAAUGGUUUCAAGGUCAGAACAAAGACUGAGCCUCUAAAAUGGCCGAUUUUAGAUGCAGCUGGAAAUCCUGUUUUUCCACAAGCACAUCACCAUCAAAUACCUUCUCCCCAUCUGAUGUCGUCCCCUGCCCAUCCUGAUUUCUUUCCAGUAGCCGAAACUCUCUCUGCAAUUCCACCGCCACCAAUUCCUCGAACUCUACGUAUCCGUAACGACUCUAGUUCUGUACCAGGAAGAAAUAGUGAGUCGGAUAGUGUCUCUUCAUCGAUAGGUGAGACCCUGAAUCCUGAUGUACCAGAAUUUGUGCCCAUCAUAGCAGCUAAGGGUUACGGAACUGUUAAUAAUGACAAAGAGAAUGCUCAACCUAAGGAUGAAGAUGAACUACGAAAACAGAGCAGCUCUCUUCCUGGAACAAACGUCAAUUCUACCUCUUUCACAAUGAAAUCUGCGACUGGUCGAGCUUCAUCUUUCCAGGUUAAUGGUGAUGAUCAGCCGGCGAUUGAUGACGUAUGGAGAGAGGUCAAAAGAAGAGUCAAGCCACCACCAAAAGACAAACCUGAGGAGAAGGGAAGGUCGGGGAGUAAUAAAGGAGAAGAACGUGAAGAAUUAGACUUUCAGUUCGACGAAGAACUUGACACACCACCACCAACCGGACGUCACAAUGCAUUCUCCGAAUGGUCUGAAGAUGACGAUGACUAUGAACUCUCUGAUCGUGACAUUAACAAACUUUUGAUUGUGACACAAUCAAACCCAACAUCGAUUGCCAUUCCAUCAAGAAUCCCAAAACAUGAAGGCCAUGAUCGUACUGGUGACUGGACAACCCGUGUCAAGAUGUCUCAAGAUCUCGAGCAGGCCAUUAAUGACGGAUUAUACUAUUACGAAGAAGAUUUAUGGACGGAAGAUGGGCAGAGGGUUGGUUCUGUUUCUUCAACUGGGAGUUACAAGACGGUAAACCUAAUCAGCCAAGAAGCUUUUGAAAAAAUGGCACCCAGAGCCCCACGAAAAACUAACCCAGAAGUCCCACCACCACCACCAACCACCUCUGAAGACAUGGAAGUUGCUCAUUCUUUGCCUACGCAGGUUCCAAGUGUGUCUGAAGGCCGCGGUAAACGUGAUCGAGGUGGUGAGAGAAGUCAAUGGACUGACAGACAAAGAUCUGGUCAAACUAGUGGAGGUGCUAGAAGAGUUAGUGCCUCUCGUUUCUUUGCUGUAGUCAAAGAUGAAGCAGCUGUUGAUCCGAGGACACCACGCAAACGCAAGACACGUCACAGCAGUAAUCCUCCUGUCGAGCAUCAUGUCGGGUGGAUUAUGGAUGUCAGAGAACAUCGACCGAGAACUUACUCCACAGGAAGUAGCGCUGGUACAAGUCCAAACGAAAGCUACUUGGCAAGCAGCUAUGGCAGCGCACCUCAGUCGCUUCCAACGUUCCAACAUCCGAGUCACUCACUUCUUAAAGAAAAUGGUUUCACUCAACAAGUCUAUCACAAGUAUCACUCUAGGUGUCUAAAAGAACGCAAGAGACUAGGAAUUGGUCAAUCUCAAGAAAUGAACACGCUUUUCCGAUUCUGGUCGUUCUUCCUACGGGAGAAUUUUAAUCGCACUAUGUACGAAGAAUUUAAAUCCCUUGCGCUGGAGGAUGCAGCUGAAGGAUACCGUUACGGUUUAGAGUGUCUCUUCCGCUUCUACAGUUAUGGCUUGGAAAGAAAAUUCAGGCCGCAACUUUAUAAAGAUUUCCAGACAGAGACGAUACGAGAUUAUGAAAGCAGCCAGUUAUAUGGAUUAGAAAAAUUCUGGGCAUUCAUGAAGUACUACAAACACGCCGAAAAGCUCCAUGUUGAGUCCAAACUUGAAGAGUAUCUUUCUAAAUUCAAGAGCAUCGAAGACUUUAGAGUUGUUGAACCCCAAAUCAAUGAAAUGCUCCAGGGAUUCAGUGGGAAUUUGCGCAGUCAAGCGAUGAAAAGAAGAAACCGAAGCGUUUCUGAAAGCGCAGGUGGGGGAGAAGCAUCCCCUACGAGUCGUGUUCGACGUUUUUCCGGUGGUUCCAGCACUGUGACUUUGGCAACCAAUUCCGGUAAUGCUAAUAAUCACAAACGUUCAGAUUCCGUAAAUCUAUCACAGUAUCGUAGCAGGGCAGAAUCUUUCGGCUCAGGUAGAUUGGGUCGUAACAAAAGACGCAACGACUCUGCAUCUAAUAGCCAACGUGAUCUCACAAAACAGCAGCCACGGAGCCGGCAUAAUUCUGGCUCCUUUGUUAGGUCUCAGGAAAUGACGAAAGGGCAGUCACGGCUAACUGCCAAACCAGAGCAGUCCAAGUCUAGCGCUUCUAAACCAGAGGUAGGAUCAACCAGUCAAAAAUGAAUAUUUGCUUAACAUCUUUUGAGACUAAAAUAAAUGACCCUGGGAAAAGCUCCUUGAUUAUUACCCGACUAGUAAUGCUGCGGAAAGAACUAUUCAAAUGGAACGAUACCAGUUUGAGUCAAAAUUGAUACACCAAAAUUAGGUGAGCUGCAUAUAACGUUUACUUAUUGUAGAAUUUUGAGUAACUUAGUAGAUAAGCCUUAUCUUUAUUUUGAAAUUCUUGUAUAGUAAGAUACGGCUAUUGCAUAAAAUAUUUUUAUUCAUCUUUUUGUCGAUACGGUUAAAAAUGGUUUAUAAUUUUUAUCGGAAACAGAAGAUAAAACAGUCCAUUGAUAUACAUUUUAUGCUUUGAUCGAUAUAUUCUGCCUUUACACUUUUUACUAAAUUGUUACUAACUUUGGCAAGGAUAAUUGAUAAUAUGAAAAUUGAUAGCUAUAUGAGAUAAAAAGUAAAAACAAAAAAAAAGAAAAACAAACUGUGAGUCUAACGUUAUUAAUAGUAGACUUGUUCAAUAGACUUUCAUGCACAUAAUUGCUAUAAACAAAUGAUAAUAUUGAGCAUAAAACAUGCAUUAUAUACCAGUGUUAAACGAAGAAAACUAAUAAGUUUUGAUUUUCCGGUCUUCCGUUUGCUUACGAGAGUAAACCGUAUCUUUCUUCAACAACACUACCUACAUGCCACGUGUUCGUGUCCCAUAAAUUUACACAUAUUUAACUGUUGGAGUCUGUGCACGUAAACAUUGUGAUCAUUGCUACAAAUGCAUAAUAAUUCAAAGAGAAUAUCGAAUUAGGGAUAAUCCGAGACGUCAUAAAUCAUUUCCCAGAAUCGUACGUGUUAAGGCGUUUGUUAUCGUACUCUUUAACGAAGGAGUUAUUCUACAAAAACUGUUCUUCAACCCAGCUGUGUUCUGUAGACCAUAUUCCAUUAAUCUGAAUCAUCCAGUGUAAAUUUCAUACAGUGCGCACACCAUGAAGAAUUUUAACAUAAAGUAAUUAUGUCUAAACAAAUAUUUUUAGGCUUAUGAUUUAUCAGAGUUGAAGAAACGUUGAUAUCCUCAAAGAGAGAAAAGUAAAGAGAAGUAUAGAGUAAUUGGAUAGAAAAAUGAAUUGUCGCAUUGUUUUUUAGACAAUAGCAAAACUUUUGAGAUAAUUUUUCUAGGCGAUGGUGAUACAACUUGAUAAAAGUAAACUUGAUUAACAAUUACACACCCAGCCAUUGGUCGGUGCACAUUAUAUUACUACUGCUACUAAAGUAUAGAAUUAAUUUAGACUUCUAUGUUAUAUAAUAUACCUAAAAUUAAAAUUAAACAGAAAAAAAAUGAAAUUGAUUCAAUAUUAUCAACUAAAUUAGAAUGGUUAGGUUUUGUGUGUACAAUGGGUCUAUGUUUUAUGUUAAUGAAGGGUGCGAACCCCUUGCCACAGGCUGUAAUAUAUUGUUGCUGGAAAAAUAACAAUCAGAAAAUAGCAUUUUUUUGUUUUAUUUUAUUCCUAAGUUAGGCAUAGAGACAAUAAUGAUAUAAUACUGCAUAUAGUAAUAAUGUAACAUCGUGUAUUCUUCAGAUGUCACUUAUAAUCAUACAUUUGAUCACGAUAUGGGGUAGGUACUUAGAGAUGUUACAUGCAUAUCUGGAUAUCUAUUACAUUGACACAUAUUUUGAUGGUCUAAUAACAGAGGAUUUGCAACGGAGUUACACGCUCAUUAUUCAUGUACAAAAUAUUUCGGCAUAUUAAAAGUAUGUAUUUCCUAUUCGCUUUUGUCAACUUUUUAGUCUUCUAUUAUCUUAGUUUCUGUUAAGAUGCAUCGAGGAGAUUUUUUGCUGUAUAAUUGGUUUCAAUUACCUGAAAAUUUCCCUGCAUUUUUUUGGAGAUGGUGCUCGCGCAGAAAAAUGGAAUUCGAUGAUUAUUUUGAUAAAUGAAAAUAUGUAAUCCAUCAAAUAUGUUUGUAAAGUGUACCUCCUGCAUGGUUGUUCAGUCUAUGUUAUAUGGUAUCUCUUACGUGUUUCAUUUAGUGAUAACAGUAUGUAACAUGUAACAUCAGCCAAGACCUUCAUCAGCAUCAGAUCAAAAGAAAUAGACGGUUCCUAUAAUAGUCUGUCAACUUUAGGCAACGAAUAUGAAGUUUUCAAGAUAUUUAACAUACAAAAAAAAGUUGCUUUCAAUUUUCUUUUAGUAUAGACGUUUCGACGUUUUCGUGCACGUGGUAUAUUUAUCCUUAAAAUUCUGAUUUGAGUCGAUCAUGAAUUUUUAUAAAAAUCCAUAUCCAGCUCGGAAGUAAGUUAAUUGAAAUGCUAAGAUUCUUGUUCGUAUUGCUACUAUUGAGCGAAUUCAGGACUAAUAUCUCGAAAAGAUUGAUGUUCGUCUGACGCUGGAACGAUAACAAGAUUCUCUGGCACAGAGUGGUGCAAAUAAUGAAUUGGAGUGGCAUAAUCACAUUUACUGGAUUCAUAUAACGCUUGGAUGACUUGCUCAGUCUUGUACAUAGAAACUAACUGCUUCGUACGCAGUUUAGAUUUAACUAGUUUUAAGCGAGUGACUACCGCAUAAUUAUUGAUAAAGUAUUGUUAAGUUAGAUUUAUAGAAUCUUAUUUCAUAGGGAAGCUGAUAAAAGUAACGCAAAAGUACGUACGUCGUAGCACGUUUAUAGAAAAUUUUAAGUCAUGCGUGUUAUAUUAAUUUAUUGAUCAAAAAGUACUAUAAAAUUUACAUCGAAAGUUGACACUUUUUUUCUUUCUUGAUUGUAAUCUUGACUCAUCAUUGUUAUGUUAUACAUAAAAAAGAAAGAAAACUGUUACACACGAAACAGGGUAUCAUUGCAUACGUUACGAGAUAGCAAAAAAAAGAGUCGCUUGUCCAAUGAGCCAAACUUAUUCUGUUGUUACGAAAGGCAAUGAGAAUUCAAAAUAAUAUACCGUAGAAUCGUAUACUGCAAAUAUCAGCGUGCUUCGAUGGCAAGAACUUUUUGCUUGUAAAAAUAUAUAUAUAAAUAUAUAUAUAGCUCUAAUCUACUUACACUGCUAAUCUUUAAUAUUAAAAUUAGGGAUGGGGUGGGUAUAAUAUUGGUAAGAGUCCAAAAAAACAAAUAAAUAAACAAAAACAAAACAAAAUGUAUAAAAAAAAAUAAAAAAAAUAAUAAUAACUUUGCACAUAUUAAAAUGGCAGUAACGUAUAAACUAGCAUAAAAAUAUAGCAAAUAUUGUAGUUAUGCAUGACUUGCGAAAAAAGAAUAAAAAAAGAAAAAAAAAAAUCACAUAACAUGUAAAAAAAAAAGAGAAGAAAAAAACAAGCAUUUUAUAGGAUUAUUAAUAAUUCUCUUUUGUGUAAAAAUAA